AUGGUUGUUGAUACUGCCUAUUAUGAUUUACUAGGUAUUACUCCAAACGCUACUUCUAUAGAAAUAAAGAAAGCUUAUCGUAAAAAGUCGGUGCAGGAGCAUCCUGAUAAGAAUCCAAAUGAUCCAGGUGCCACUGAAAGAUUCCAGGCCAUUUCUGAAGCUUAUCAAGUUUUGAGUAAUGAUGAACUUCGUGCCAAAUAUGACAGACUUGGUAAGCAGGAAGCAGUUCCUAAAGGUGGGUUUGAAGAUGCUGCAGAACAAUUCUCUGCCAUAUUCGGUGGUGAUGCAUUUGCCUCUUACAUUGGGGAAUUGCAAUUGUUGAGAAACUUACAGAAGACAGAAGAAUUGAGUGCUGAAGAUGAAGCAGAGAAACAGAAAGAGGAGGAAGAGAAGAAAAAAAAGGAGGAUGCUGAGAAGAAGAGAAAGGAAGAGGAAGACGAGCGUUUUAAGAACAUCGAUGGCAAAACUACCACUCACUUGACUUUACAUAAAGAUGAAGCCAACGAUGGUAAAAGUGAUGAAGUUUCUGAAGAACCUAAGAAGAAGACAAAAUUAGAGCAAUUUGAAGAAGAGCAAGAAAAAUUGAAAGAGGUUCGACUUGGGGAACUUAGUCAAAAAUUGAUUGAACGACUUUCUAUACUGACUGAAAGCGUAUAUGAUGAAGCUUGCAAGAUUUCUUUUGAAAAGAAAUUCGAAGAGGAGGCAAAUCUUUUGAAAAUGGAAUCAUUUGGUCUGGAUAUUUUGCACACAAUUGGUGACGUUUAUUGUGAACAGGCUAGAAUCUUUCUUGGCUCUCAAAACUUUCUCGGCCUUGGAGGUAUGUUACAUUCAGUGAAGGCUAAGGGCGGCCUGUUCAUGGAUACUUUACGAACGGUUUCUGCUGCAAUUGACGCUCAGCAUACAAUGAAAGAGUUGGAAAAAAUGAAGGAAGAUAGUGAAUCUCAGGAACCUUUAUAUGAUAAAAAUGGAAUCGAAAAGACUAAGCCAACACCGGAAGAAGUAGUCCAGCACGAACAACUGCUAAUGGGGAAGGUGCUAUCAGCAGCAUGGCAUGGCUCUAAAUUCGAAAUUAUGUCCACAUUAAGAGGUGUCUGUAAGAAGGUGCUAGAGGAUGAAACUAUUAGCAUAAAGACAAGAAUAAGAAGGGCAGAAGCGUUAAAACUGCUGGGUAAGGUAUUCCAGCGGUCUUUUAGAACCAAAGCUGAACAAGAGGAAGCUCAAGUCUUCGAAGAAUUGGUUGCUGAAGCGACAAAAAAGAAAAAGUCCACCUGA